CCACGCGUAGCCACUGGAUGACAACAGCCAUGCUUUGUACUCUUCCCUACCGUUUCUCUCUUGCUCCGUCAUCUACACGAUGCUUUUCUCGCUCUUUUUUCUUUCCUUAUUCCUGUGGAUCCCGAAUGUGUGCUCAUACUGGUUAAUGGCCGCAAAUAAUGUUCUGACAACGCAGCGGAUGGAUCCUAUUCAAUACCCGGGGACGGUCGGGUCUCACGUUCAUUCUGUGCUAGGAGGAAGCAGCUUCAGCUUGAACAUGUCGACGGCGGAUCUGCGAGGGAGCGAGUGUACGUCGAUACCGAUUCAGGAAGAUAAAAGCAACUACUGGUAUCCGCAUCUUUACUGGCAGAAGAAUGACGGAUCGUUUGUGACUGUGAACGGGAGUGCUGUCAUGUACUACCUCUUCAGUGACAAUUCCUCUUUGACGGCCCCGUUCCCUGAUGACUUCAGAAUGAUCUCUGGUGAUCCCAACCUCCGUACCCUGAACGCGUCGAGCUUCGCACAACAAGCUAUCACAUUCCUUUGUCUCAACUUUGCCGGAGUGUCGACCAAAUACAACGAGCUUCCCGUUAACCAGGACUGCACGUCGGGUAUACGAUCGCAAAUUAACUUUCCAAGCUGUUGGGACGGAAAGAAUGUGGACUCCGAAGAUCACAAAUCUCAUAUCGCUUUUCCUUCGACGGGACCGGACAAUGGGACAUGUGAUGACCCAAACUAUCCCGUUACGCUUCCUCGGAUUUUCAUGGAGGUGUACUGGGUUACUCAAGGCUUCCAGGACCAGCGAGGCGAAGCUAUGACACCUAGACAGCCUUUUGUGUUCUCCAAUGGCGAUCCCACUGGAUACGGCUACCACGCCGACUUCUUCAAUGGCUGGGAGUCUGGCGUGCUGCAAAAAGCCAUCAACGAGUGCCACUGCAACCCGUACGGCGACCCUUCGUGUUGCGUAGCCGCUGGAACCUUUACCAUUGACCAAAAUGCGAGGUGUUAUAUUUCGAAUACUGUUGAUGAAAUCACUACGGGAAACCUGACGACGCUUCCUGGAGCCAAUCCGGUUCAGGCACCUUGUUAUGAAGAAUAUAUCGCGACCUACACUCCGGCGAUCGUCGAACCUGUGUAUGUUUCGACUAAGGAUGGUGUUCUGCCGAAUGGUACAACCGAGGUCGUUACACCUGCCUCCACGAUUGCUGCUCAUCAAAAGGCUGCUGGAACGUGUCUUUGGACUGGCGGCGCCCAGGAAAGAAGAGCUCCUAUCGCAGGGCUGCUGCUUGGUCUGAUGGCAGUUCUGUACUGCCUACUCUAACUUUUUCCACCUCUCACCCCACCCUUGGAGUCCGUAUAUGUAGCAAGCAAAGACGCGGUGUUUUGCCGAAUGAUACAACGGAGGUCGUUGCACCGGCAACCACGGCUGCUGCUCGUCAAAAGUCUGCUGGAGCAUG